AUGAUUUUAAUAUUUCUGCUUAAUGCUGGAGACAGUUAUGCAUUGUUAGUGCAUGGCAAUUCUAAUGGAAGCGACACAACCCAUGGGUCAAGUGGACACAAUGCCGAUGAGGCGGAAAUCAAGCAAAUGGUUCUGAACCUGACUACUGAGAUGGAAUAUCUUAGGAGACAAACAAACGUUCUUGGUGAAGAAAAAAGAUUGCUUCAGAACAAAGUAUUCUCCUUGGAAGCGGAACUGAAUAAAUUAAAUGCGUCUAAACCUCCUUCCAAUGAGGUAUUAAUGGCGUAUUUAAGAAGCACAAAACAAAUAGUUCAAACUUUGGCGGCAAAUGAGGAAUACGACAAAAAUCUAACACAGCAACUCAACGAAGCGAAAAAUGAUAUCGCGAUAUGUGAGAAGCAAAACAAGAACUUAACAAAACGACUUGAUGAAGUAGUGAACAAUUUAGUGAUAAACGAAAAGCAGGCUAAAAACCUCACUCAACGACUUAAUGAAGUAGAGAAUAUUUUGGUAAAAUAUGACAACCAGGGGAAAAACGUCACUCAACGACUCAAUGAAAUUUAUGAUGUUCUGACCGCAAAUAAUGAGAGUGACAAAAAUCUAACUCUGCGACUGAAUGAAGCUGAGGAUAAUAUUGUGAUUUGUGACAAGCAGAAUAAGAAUUUAACUCGAAGACUCAAUGAAGUUCACAAUGUUUUGAUUGCAAAUGAAGAGUAUGACAAAAACUUAACUCUACAGCUCACCGAUUCAAUGAACAACUUACACGAUAUAAAGGUUCAGAUGCGAUACACAAGCUUGUCACUAAUGGAUGUCCAUUCUAAGACGGACAAACUCAAUACAACAUUGACUACACAAUUUGACGAUCAGAUAAGAGACGUUUAUCGACGAAUUACCAAUAUAACCAAAAAGGUAGCCUUUACGGCCGGUGUGAGUUCAGGCAGCGGCUCCUGGAGCAGCGGUACACUGGUGUUUGACAGGAUCGUCUACAACAUAGGAGGAGGGUACGACUCCAGUACUGGUGUCUUCACAUCUCCUGUAGACGGACACUUUGUUUUCUUUGUGAAUGUUCAAGCUUAUGGUUCUAAUACUAUAUACACAUAUUUAGUGCUAAAUGGCUCCACUAAAGUCACAACAUUGGCAUAUGGUUACAGUGGAUACAUGUAUAACUCAGCAGGACCUAACCUAGCGGUAUUAAGGCUUCAAAAAAGGGAUCGAGUGUGGGUCAAACAUUAUUCUGGAACUGGUUAUAAUACCGACAGUACUGCUCCUUUCACCACGUUCUCUGGAUUCCUAAUAUGA